AUGAGAAAAAUUAUUGUAUUUUGGAGUUUCCUUUUUGUCAAUUUGGAAGUGUCAAUUUGUCUUCGUGUGGUAGGAAUAUCAGUUCCGACUCUUAAGCAGAGAGGUGAGUCUGUAACCUUCACUUGCGACUACGAUCUUGAAGGAGGCAAGCUAUAUUCAGUGAAGUGGUAUCGCGAUAAUGAAGAAUUCUACCGUUACAUGCCACGGUUAAGGCCCCCACAACAUGCACAUAAAUUAGAGGGCGUGAGAGUUGAUUUAGAGAAAUCUAGUGCUCGACGUGUACAUCUCCGAGAAUUAACAUUAAAAUCUAGAGGAUCAUAUCGCUGUGAAGUUUCAGAAGAAGCUCCUUCAUUCCAUUCUGCGCAGGCGGAGACGUUUAUGGAAGUUUAUUAUUUUCCACGUGAAAGUCCUCGUAUAGUUGGACACGAACGAGUAUAUGAACUACGAGAACCACUCGAUGUUAACUGCACCUCUGCUAAAGCGUUCCCAGCACCGGAUUUGCAAUGGCUCAUAAAUGGUGAAAAGGUCACGGAAAGUUCAUGGCUAAUACCUUACGACGCCGUACAUGCCGCACAAGGUUUAAUGAUGUCUACCCUUGGCUUGCGAGCACCCGCUAAACGUCACAUGAAGAUACGCUGCGUUGCCAUCAUCGGCACGCACAGACGAGAACGAACUGCAUCAAUAGAAACAAGUUCGUCGAACUGGAGAGGAGCACCGAAUAUAAAUUUAAUAAUGCUGAUUGGAUGUGUCAACAAAAUUCUCCAAAUAAUGUCGUGAUAAAUUAAAUA